UAUUUCUAUAUCCAAAAUGACUUAAAUCCAAGUAAUUGAUCUAAUGAUCGAAAUUUGUUUUGAUCUCAUAAAUUCAAGGUAAAAUCUAUCUUACAAAAGCAUGAUUUAUUUCUAAAAUUUAUGUCAAUCUCGAAAUGACUAGCCUUCUAACUCGUCACUUCCCGUGGUUUUUCCGUCCUCGGUUUCGCUUCUUGAAAUGGUGGACAAAGAAAAACUAUAAGAUAAACUCAGUAAGUAAAAUAUGGAGUGCCCUUAAUUAAACUUAUAGCAUGCCAACAAGUAUAAUCACGAAAAACAGUUACAGUGCGGGAACGAAAUAAACGUCUCCUCUAUAGGUCAUGACCAGUGUUAUAAACCUUCCACUGACAAACUACACUAUUUUCUGGUGUAUAACCCCCACUAGUAGGGUCAUUCGAACGAACCGGUUCUAUCAAUAACAUGUCGACAUAUGCUAGCGUUUAACCCCACUAGCAGGAUCAUCAAUAACAUAACUACAUCGGAGACAAAACAGGCAAAAGUUAACAGAAAAUUCAUAAUUCACCAAUCACUUUCAAAUCAUCAGGACAAUCAAUUAAAUUUCAAGUAGGUAUGCUUAAUUUAAUGAAAAGCAUAAAAGUUU